AUUGAUCACCGACAAUCACGGCGCUAACCACCGCUUGACCAGGCCGCCAUCCACAUCCUGUCCCUACAUCUAUAACUGCAACGAUGCUGCAAGAGGUUACUUCAGUGCAGUUCACUAUCGGCAAGAUCGACGCGGGAAUGGCGAUUCUCCUGUCACCGCAUCACCACACCGUUGAGUUCCCAGCGCAAAUUCUGCCGGAUGGCGUGAAAACAGGCUCUAUAGUCAACCUCACUAUCGAACGUAACCACGAGGAGGAACGUCGACAGCACGAAGACUUCCUCGCCCUUCAGGAAGAAAUCUUUUAUUCAUUUUCGCAACCACCUGAAGUUCCUGAAGUUUCCGUCAAGUCCGUCACUCAAACCUCGAUCAUCAUCACCUGGAAGCCUUUAGUUCUUCACGCCGCAGACGUUCGAGGGAUUGACGUGUAUCGAAACGGGCAGAAACUCUCUCUCAACGUUGCAAAUACCGCUACGUCUGCAAAACUAUCAGGGUUAGACGUAUCGCACGAGUAUGAGAUAUGGUUAGUUAUCCGAACCUCAGCUGGAGCGCUCCAAAGCAACAGGGUACACGUCAAGACACAUGCAAUGGAGAAUUUGACUGGAAUCAAUGUUUCAUUCGGUACGUUCUCGAAUAAUACGGAUAUCGAAGCGCUGAUCGAUGUGCUCGGACGAAUGGGUGCGCAUUACACUGAUGAUCUGACGACGGAUAACACACAUUUGGUAUGCACGGUACCGAGGGGUCCAAAAUAUGAGAAGGCCGUAGAAUGGAAUAUUCCAAUUGUUAGUCCAGAGUUUUUGAAGGCAUGCCAGGCGCAAGGCAAGAUACAACCGGCUACAACGUUCUACGUAAGCAAUCCAACACCAGUCAAGACGAGUCAAGACAAGUAGAGCGGUUGCUUUUGUUAGAGUUAAUAGAGUUCUUGCCAUGAAGGCGCUUCUCAUCUUUUCUUGAGGGCCGAUUACUAUUCCCCGAAUGUAGCUUUAUGAUUCCUAUUUACAUGUGAUGGUGUUGAGAAUCUGUACAGGAGCCUGGUUUCUCACCACCUAAUUAACGCAAACUAUCUAAUCAUCAAGGUACAUGAUCUUCCG